CGCCUCCCUCGGCCCCUCCUCCCGGACGUUCCGGCGGGCCGGGGCUCCCGUCUUUCCCCUUCGCUGCCCUCUCGCCCCCGGUCGCGGAGCGGAGCCCAGGCCGGCCUCGCCGCUGCCUUCCCCACACACCGGACAGCCCAAAGGUGCCCCCCAAAAAAGCUUCCCCGCCCCGGGAGCAGAGGAGGCAUCUCGGCAGCGGCUUCUCCGGCUACCAGCGGUUCGGGAAGCUCGCCGCGAAAUCCGGUUCCUGGCCGAGGAGGGUCCGGUACGUCUGUGGUAAGGGGCACCCUAAGGGCUGGCGAAGACCCCAGCCGAGGGACCAUGUCUCCCCUCAGCAGCCAGUGGCCGGUUUGCUUGCUGAUGAUCACCUGCGUGAUGUCCGGACCAUCCCUGAGUCAAGAGUGCUCCGCGGAGAAAAGGGAAAAUGUCAUCGUCGAUAUAAACUUGGCCCUGGCCAAAGGCGUCGGGGGCACAGAGCCGGUGCAUGCAGCAACCCCGGAGGCUUGCGUUCAGCACUGCUGCUCGGGGGAAAAGCUCUCAGGAGGCAAGAUGUGUAACUUGGUGAUUUUCAAUGCUCAAAGAACAAGUGUGUAUCCAAGCUGCUACCUGUUUUUCUGUCCUAGCACAGAGGCUUGUCCAAUGAAACCUGCAACAGGAUAUGUGAGCUACAAGCUAAUUAGAGAAACCCGUGCCCCGGAGAAUACAUCCUUUGAAAGUGAGGACUCUUUUUCAAAUGAGUAUUCUUUGCCUUCAGAUACUGGAGCCUUUAUUUCUCACAGUCAAACUAGCCCUCAGAAACCUACUGCUGCUGUGCAACAAUCUGUCUCUCAGCCAUCUGAACUCCCGAAUUCCAUGGCCAAGCAUUUGGACAACAGUGAAUUUCAUACAGCUUUUCCCGAAUCUCAACAGGCGAAACAUCCUGAGAGCUUAGAUCCCACCCCCAGGCAGAAAGUAAUGAACCUGCCUUCAAAUGCAUCUUCUGCUGUUCACAUUGGAAACCUCUCUGCUUCGUUCCCAACCACUCAGUCUCCUGUUCCAGAACCCAGCAGUACUAUUCUUACUCCUCUGCCUACAAGUACCUCCCAACUGGAAUUGCAGACAACCUCACUGCCUACCACCUUAGGUGGUGCUAAACCUACUGCUGUCACCACCACCUUGCUGCCUGCUGCAGGUAGGGGUAAACCUGCUACCCCUGACACCACCAUCGCUGUUACUCCUCUUCCUCUUUCCAGUCCCACAGCUUCUGCUUCAACAACUAAGCAGGUGACCACAAGUUCCAGAUCUGCUACCACCCUGCCAGGGCUAAGAACUCCAGCCAUUCCUCUUGAGACAACAAUUGUCUCUUCCAACAGUUCCAGCCAGGUUACCCUCCUCUCUUCCUCAGGUUUCACCCUGUCUUCUAGUGGUUCUCCCAUAGCUUCCCAAAACAACCCUGAGGGUUAUGACCUACCUGAUUCAGAAAGCUAUCUGCCAGAGGGUGUUCUGAGAGAGAAAGGUGUCAUUCAGCUGGAAGAAAAAAGCAGCCUUAUAGCAGCUUUGCUUUUUGGAGUGAUAUUCUUUUUACUAGUUAUUGCACUGACAGGGAAGAAAAUACGUGAAUCUCUUCAGAAGAGACAUUAUACCAGGCUGGAUUACUUGAUUAAUGGAAUAUAUGCUGAUGUAUGAUGGAGAGGGGGGAUACAAUUGUGAGGAGCAUCUCUCAUCCUUGAGAGGACAACUCUGAAAUGGAACAGUAGAUAUUGAAAUGUCAGAUGAGGAUGAAUUCUUUUUUCAGCCGCUAAUGGAAAAGUGGCAAAUGGCUUUGGUGGGGUAAAGAGCUGCUUUUUCUACCCUGAACACUAAUGUCUGUAAUUUUUGAUUUAUUACUAAAUCUGGAAAAUAAACACAAAAAUCCAAGUUAAGCUAAGAAGGUCUUCUGUUUAAGAAGAAAAAGCAUUUGAAGAGCUUAAGCUGUACUGUGACAAGGUUAGUGGAAUAAAAGCACAUCUAAUAAAGUGA